UCCCAAUGGGAAGAUUUCACUUCCUUGGGACGCAGCAUGAAUCAAUGGAUUGGAUCCUGGCGGAAGCCGUAAGACUUUUGGAGAACAGAGUCCGUGCAAAAACACAUUUGAAAACCUAUGCGAGCAAAAAACAAAUGGCUCCCGAAGCAUUGGAUUUUGCAAAGGAGGCUCUCUCUGCUGGCGGUCAAGCCACCAAAGUAAGAAAAAUCCUACAGGAUAAAUUUGGAACCCAUCUGAUUAGCAAGGACCUGAUUAAUAUAAAACAGGGAUUAGCAGGUAAGUCUUGUUAA